AUGACGACUAAAAAGGAACCACGACGUAAGUUGGCACUUGUAAUUGGGAUUGGUAAAUAUGACCAUUGUGAAGAAUUACAAAAUCCCGAAAAUGACGCGAAUGAUAUGUCUGAUGCUCUGGAAAGUAUUGGUUUUCUUGUUACAAAGAAACUAGAUCUAAAACGUGCUGAAAUGAAACAUGUUGUUAUUGAUUUCGAAGAAUUAAUAGAGCCCGACGAUAUGGUUCUAUUUUAUUUUGCUGGACAUGGAAUACAAUGGGAAGAUCGAAAUUAUCUGAUACCAAAAGACACGCCAACUUUGAAUGGUGCAGCUUUAAACAAGAAUGCAAUCAAUGCACAACAUAUUCUUAACACUUUAAGUGAUCGUAAACCAUAUGUAACAAUAUUUCUAUUGGAUUGUUGUAGAAAGUAUCAUUUACGUAAUCCUGAGGUAGACGCACGUGAUCCAGAUGCAAGUGGUUCAAAAUCAGUAGGCCUCAAAGCUAUGAGCAAGGCUGAUUCAUUGAUUGCAUUUGCUUGCGCACCUGGAACUAUAGCCAUUGAAGAAAAAGGACAGAAAAAUGGUUUAUUCACCAAGCAUCUUUUAAAACAUAUUAGAACUGCGAAUGAAGACAUCCAAAUGAUAUUACGUGAUGUUACCGAUGGAGUGAUGGAAGAGUCAAAAUCAAAACAAAUUCCAUUUGUGAGUGCUUCAUUAUCAAAGAAGAAUAUAUGUUUAUGUAGUCAACAAAUAAAUCAACCACGUAGACCAGGUAAAUAUACUAGUAAAUUCUACUGCUCUUGUUUAAGUGAAUCAAUAGAUUGUCUUAACAAUUUUACCUUCGAAUCAUCUUUGUUUCUAAACAUUUAGAAAAUAGCCAAUGAGACAUUUAUGGCUUUUGAAUUAUUUCUCGGUGUAACCUGAGUUAAAUGUUAUAGAUAACAUCACCGAAAUAAACAGAGAACUUGGGUUCUUCCCUAGUCUCAAUCUUUAUAAUGCUUGCAAUUUUCAUAGUCUGGCGUGGUUAUUUCUUAAUUACGAAGGAAACUCUUCAAACGUUUCACCACUUUGAAACUCAUCUGUUGGACAUAUAUAGAGGUUCACUGGCAUAGUCUAACUAUAAAAGGACAUGUGCGCAUAGUUCUCUGAACGAAUCAUAUCGUAUUUUUAAAUCACAUUUGUUCGAACUGGAAUUUUUAUCAGAUGAAACAGAUAUUAGAAUUCAACUACAGUAGAUGUUUGAGCAUUAUCGUUAAUUGAUUCGCGAAGAUGUUGAAUUUAGAACAACCAGUCGGAAAUCUGAUGCACCCCUAAGAAUACUACCAUCUAAUAAAGACGACAUUCUUAUUCAAGAUCACCUCACCUAUUGACAUUGAAAGAUCCUUGUAUAUAUUUUUGUACUGUAGAACAGCCACAAGACUUAUUACAAAUA